GACAACAUCCGUUUCACCAGAGACAGAGCGCGCGGAAAUGAAUUUUAUAAUACGAAAAAAAGUCCACAUAACUUUUUAUUGACAUUUAUACUGAACACUGAUGGAAGAGUAUUCAGAGGAAUGGAUCGGUACGUGCUAGUUGUUUCUUUUAACCAAGAAGAGGAUAAAUGCGCGAAGGCAUUGGAGGCUGCCAAACAGAUCUAUGAUAAACUGGGGAGCAUCGCCAGUUGUAAUUCAAAACGGAGGGUUUCUCUGUUUCCAGCCUGCUCUCUGAGUGGUGGUCCAGCCUCACAGAGGUGGUAUUUUGCUGUCCAGACAUGCCAUGGGACAUCUCAGUUCUGCAGUACAGAGUGGGAGGAGCUGGGUAGUUGUCAGAAGAACGAUGAGCAGGAGGAAAGCCCCAGCACUAUGGAGGCCUGUCUCAGUGCUCUGGAUGAGCAGGAGGAGAAGACUGACCAGCCUGACCCACAGCAGACACAGUUGUAUGAAGAGGCAGCAGAGGGAUUACACCUGUUAUCAGACCAGCUUCCCCCUCCAGGAAAAGCUCUGUUAGAUGUGAUAUUUCUGGGUUUUGCUGAAGAAGCUCCUAAGCUGAAGGACUUCCUCCCUGUGAUUGGCUCGUUGAAACACAUGCAGACAUGGCACACAGCCAAGAUGACCAUAGUGACUGAACACCAAGCUGGGUGGCAGAAGCCAGCCUCUAACCUGUCAGCCAGAGUAGUACAUCCCAGUAGCAUCAUGACCUGUAUUGAUGAGAGGGAGUUAUGGAGAGGAGGUGUUCUCAUCAGAGAGAAAAAGUUUGCCUCUGAGGUGAGGUUUGAAGGCUUCUCCCUCCGAGCCCAGGAUAGAGAGACAUGGUACAGCCUGCUGCCUUCUGAUCCAGGAUCCCAUAACAACUCUGACCACAAGCUACACUCAGAGGUGUUCCAUUACUUCCGGUCUGUUCUAGACCUGGUUCAGUUGGUGACGGUGUCAGAUAUUCCCAGCUUCCUGCGCUCCAGCACAGAGUUUCACCUAGAACUAUCCUCCAAAUCACUGAGAGAUAAACGGCUCCUUGAUCAGUUCAGAUCACUGUCUGGAAAGGUAGGGGCACUGUUCUCUCUGUCCUGUACGGUCAGCUCCAUGGCUCUACCCCCUGCCUCUCAGCUCAGCUCCCAGAAGUGGAAGGACUUCAUGGCUAAGAGACCCAAGACCCUGCCUGUUCCAUAUGUGGAGGUGAAGGGUGAGAGCGGACACUACUUCCUGUUGGUCCAGGGGUCAGAGGGCGGAGGCUGCAAGGCCCGCAUGAUACACUCAGCCAAUCAGAUCAAUGGAGCCGCUGCCACGGCAACCGUCAAUGGGCUUCUGAAAGAGAAUUCGGUGUCGUCUUCAGGUUCCACCACUACAGACUGGCUGUACUCCCUGCUCCUGUAAUCCAGUGGAGACCAACUGCUCCAGAGGGAGAGGAAGUUGGCCGAGGUGCAGACUCUGGUCCUAAAGGAGUGCCUGAGACGUAGAGAAGAGGCAGAGAAGCCGGCUUCAAUACCAGUCAAUGACCUGAAGAUCUUGCUCAGCCUGGCCAGAGAACAGUACCUCAAGAUGCAUGACUCUACCCUGCCUAAAGCCUCUACCCUGCCUAAAGCCUCCAGUCUGCCCAGAGUUGAGCCCUGUGGAGCAGAGGAGGUGAACCUCACUACGAAGACGACAGGUAUUCUGCUGUUCCAGUCCCUCCUUACUCCCCGUAACACAGCUCAUUCAUUAAACAUCUCCCAACAUGCUGAUUGGCCAGAGAGAAGUGUUCUGCAGAACUAUGAGAACCUCCAGAGGACUCGUCAGAAGCUGAGGUUUGGUCUGCUGUCUGGCAGCUCAUCUGACUGUCUGCUGGGGCCUAAAGACGUCCAGGGUCAGAGAACCACCCCAGCCUUGCUGGAUGCCAAAGAGCUGCUUAGACACUUCACACCAGACGGCCUGCCCACCGGAGAUCUGCAGCCUCUAUUAGUCCAGAGACUAGGGGGAAAUACAUUCCAGAUGUCUCCAGACUUGACCCCCAGGAAAGUGACCCAGAUCCCCUUCAGCCAAGCAGCCAGCUCCCACUACCAUGGACUAGAGUUUUGUCUGGACGAGCAGGGCCACAAGGCCUUGGACCGGGACCAGGGCUUCAUCCGGCUGCAGUCUCGUCUGAUUCGCUACGAGACCCAGACCACCUGCUCCAAGGAACCUUGUCCCGCCCCCUUCGCCUUAAGCCCCGCCCCCUCGCCGGCCGUGCUGUCUGAACCAGGAAGUGUCCCGGAUGGAGAGGCCCUCCUCAAUCCUCUGACCUUCCCAGGAUCAAGAGACGAUCCUGGGAUACAGACGCCACCCACCCCUAUAAGAGGUGCUGGAGGUCAAAGGCUGGCCAAGUCGGAGAGUAGUGAGUCCCUGGGCUCUGUGUGCAGUGGCAGCAGUGGAACUGAUACCCACCCAGCUGUGAGAGGCUUGAGACUGCAGAAAACCAGGUCUCAGUCCUCCUCCUCCUCUGUCUCAGCCCUAAGAAUGGGCCCCCGGGGGCCAGAGAAGCACCACCCUGACCCCCAAAACAGCCACAGAGCCCCCCAGGCCCAGGGACAGGCAGAGGACAAGGCCAGCAAGGAGUCUCGCUCCCAGAAACACGCCCGGAUGCUAGAAGAGGUCGUGGUGAAGACGCUGAAGCAUCAUGGGAUCACCAGAGAACACAAGAAUCUUGCCGCCUGCAGUCAAAGACUGUUUGAAAUCUCCAAAUUCUAUCUGAAGGAUCUGAAGACGUCCAGGGGCCUUCAUGAGGAAAUGAUGAAAGCAGCCAGCAGCAAUGCCAAGCAGGUCAUCGACUGGGUUACGGAGCGGGCCUCUAAGUGACGAGGGAACGAUCACUAGUGGUUUUAGACUGGUUUUAUAGUCACGGCAAACCGCAACCAUCAGUGGAAUGUAGUUUCACCACAGGAAACAUCAGUACAGUCUGUCAGGGUGUGAACGUGUGAUUAGCAUGUUUGUUUGUGUCUUAAGAACCUCAGUGACUGUCAGUUGCCAGGCAACCAUUCAUUGUAAUUCCAUUGUUUGUUUGUGUCUUAAGAACCUCAGUGACUGUCAGUUGCCAGGCAACCAUUCAUUGUAAUUACAUUGUUUGUUUGUGUCUUAAGAACCUCAGUGACUAUCAGUUGCCAGGCAACCAUUCAUUGUAAUUACAUUGUUUGUUUGUGUCUUAAGAACCUCAGUGACUAUCAGUUGCCAGGCAACCAUUCAUUGUAAUUACAUUGUUUGUUUGUGUCUUAAGAACCUCAGUGACUAUCAGUUGCCAGGCAACCAUUCAUUGUAAUUACAUUGUUUGUUUGUGUCUUAAGAACCUCAGUGACUGUCAGUUGCCAGGCAGCCAUUCAUUGUAAUUACAUUGUUUGUUUGUGUCUUAAGAACCUCAGUGACUGUCCAUUGCCAGGCAACCAUUCAUUGUAAUUACAUUGUUUGUUUGUGUCUUAAGAACCUCAGUG